AUGGCUAAGAGUGCCUUUGACUCCGGCAAAUCCCUGAUCUACACGAACGAGUCGAUACCCCUGCUCCUUCGUACCAACCUCUUCCACAUGGCGGUCACCUCCACGGGCUUUAAUCUGGGUCUCUGGGUCCCAGCUGGUCGCGCAUGGGACCUCCUUGAAGGUGGAUUCACGAAGAUCCUCAAGGGCCUCCUCUCCAAGCGCUUCAAGGGUGAGACCUACUACAAACUCCCCGCGCCGGCCAUCCACAUCCUGACGGAGACCCCGCCCCUGGCCUCGUUUGCCAGGAAAGCGCGGCUGUCCCUGCUGACCGCCAUGUGCUGGACAGCACCUGACCUCCUGUGGGCGGCUCUACAAAUGGAUGAUGAUUGGAAUGCCACGAUACGAGCGGAUCUGGAGUGGCUACGGUCUGGGAGUGACCAAUGGCCGGACCUCCAGCAGGCCAGCUGGCCGAGAUGGCACCACCUGCUCAAGGAGUCGGCGGGCUGGGUCAAGCGAAAGGUCGCGACAAAGAUCACCAAGGAGUUUGGCCACUUUGGUCGGGAACAACUGACCCUCCUCGCGCUCUGGAGCCUCUACAAGCGAGCCUGUGAGCGAUGGCCAGUGCUGUCGGAGGAUGUGGCACCGUGGGUGUGCCGUAUAUGCUGCAGAGCUGUCAAAACCAAGGCGGCCCUUGGUGCCCACUUCUUCAAGACACAUGGCAGGCUUGCCGCCUACAGGCGGGUCACAGGAGGCACAGUAUGCAGAGCUUGCGGACGGAACUACUGGUCUAGGACAAGGCUGGCGAUCCACUUGAGAGACUCCCCAAGCUGUACGUCGGUCCUACACACCCUUGAGGCCACGAGCGACCCGUUCACUUGUGGGCUAGGCAGCAAGGGAUGGAGAAUGGCAGCUGAGAGAGACUUUACCCUGGCGAUUCCGGAACAGCAAGUUGCGGCCCUGGACCACAACUGCGAACGGAGAUGGCCAGAGGAGGUGAAGCGGGCCUACUGUGCGGCAUGCGACUGCCUCACAGAGCGACGUGUGGACGAAUCGGUGCCGGUCUUUAAGCGGACCCUCCUUGAGGUCCUGGCGGAUUUCCCCCUCUACUACGUCGAGGUUCGGGAGAUUCUGGAUGAGAUCGAGGCUGAUGUCCGGUUGGUCGUUGACAGUGGCAGCAACGACUACUGGACGCCCGAGGGUGCUGCCCAGCUACUUGAGGCCGUCAGAACCUUCUCGGCAGAGGACUGGACCAGCGGAGUCGAACUCGGUGACACUCCGCCCAAGUUUGCGACCUUGAAGGCCUUCACGACUAUGGUUCGAGACCUGAACUGGGCUAGCCUACUAGGGUGUUCCGGAACGCACGUGACCCUUAGAGACGCCUCUGUAUUGCUAGACGACGACUGGGAAGCUGCAUGGGAUCGUCCUAGCGAGGUUGUCGGAAAUGCAGCCGUGCGAUGUGAUUUCUGGGGAGUGUUACCUGGAGCGUUGCAGAAGGCAUGGGACUUAAUCCUAGAUGGACACAAGCCCACAGUACAGCAGGGCCUUGGGAGCGGCUUUCUCCUGCAGCAGCGACGCCAGCACCAGCGACGCCAAGACUAG